AUGCAGCCCGAACGAUUGAUCAGCUCUGGCUGCAAAGCUUUCUUGUCGGAAGAUGUCUUCUUCGCCCACCCACAUUAUUAUGGCGACUGCAUGUUGAUAACACGGCUGGGCAACUACAUGGCCCCGGCCAUUGCAAGCUUGCUCAUCACCUUCUUCGUUAUGGAUCGAUUCGUUCUCCAAGCAUUCGUGCUUCCCGCUCUAUACGGAAAACAUUAUACGAACAUGGAAGCUCGGUUUCAGCGAAUGUUCUCCAUCACGCAUCUCGAUUGGAUCGUACGAAUGAUCUCGCUCGCGACUGUAUCGAAGGGAGUGUUUGAGGUGGUUUUCGGCGGCCGCCAUUGGUCUGAUACGUACUUCGUGGAUCCAUCGCGCACCCAUGCGACGCUGGGAGAUGUGGCCGCGAUUGCAAUGUACUUGGUCUGCGCGUUCAAGACAUUUGAGCUUCUUCGGGCUCAGGAUCUGAAGCUGUUGAUCGUGUUCCACCAUGUGGGAACCAUCGUCAUGAUUCAAGGUUUCCUUUCUUUGGCAUUCAACCUUCCUGAGAAUGGCCUAUCGACCAUCUUCCACUCGAGAACCCUCGCCGACAUGUUUGGAUUCUGGGUCUUCUUUGACGGAACAUUGGGGGUCGCAUCCCACUUGACGCUCAUUCUUCGACGCGGAUGUGUGAAUCAGACCAAGCUGCAUUUCCGAUUCUAUGACCUUACCUAUGCACUUUCGCUUCUCUCAACCUACCUCGAGCCGAUCAUCGUUGCAUACCUUCUCUUUAUGCAUUGGGCUAGAUUGUCGCUCACUGCUCAUGCAGUGAUAUCCUCUCUGCAGGUCCUGUUCUUCUUCUCCAAGCUCAAGGUCUGCUCGCGAGUAGGCGCUGCCCGAAAGCAGGUACAAACACAAAGGCAACCCACGGAGAAGAACUAA